CUCUUCCGCCCGCCCGCCGCUUCCCAUCCUCCAUCUCCAUCCCCAUCCCCAUCUCUUGCAGGCAGCAGCGCCGUCAACAACUACCCUAGACUUGACGGCAAUGGCGCUGCCGCCCCCCGCCGUCCCCCACCCCAUCGUCGACCGCGACGUCUGGCUCGCCUGCGCCGUCCCGCUCUCACGCCUCCCCGUCGUCGGCGCCCAGGUAUACUACUUCCCACACGGACACGCCGAGCAGUGCCCCGAGCACCUCCCGGCGCCGCUCCCCACGCCGCACCUCUUCCCCUGCGUCGUCACCGCCAUCAACCUCGGCGCCGACGACAACACCAACGAGGUGUUCGCCCAAAUCUCCCUCCAGCCAGGACCCCACCGCGGGCCCCCCGCGCCCGACGCCGACCCCAGCAACAACCCCCACCAUCUCAGCUACUUCGCCAAGCAGCUCACGCAGAGCGACGCCAACAACGGCGGCGGCUUCUCCGUCCCGCGCUACUGCGCCGACCACAUCUUCCCCAUGCUCGACUUCGACGACGACCCGCCCGUGCAGAACCUCGUCAUGCGGGACCCCCAAGGCAACCCCUGGCAGUUCCGCCACAUCUACCGCGGCACGCCGCGCCGACACCUGCUCACCACCGGAUGGAGCAAGUUCGUCAACGCCAAGCUGCUCGUCGCGGGGGACACCGCCGUCUUCAUGCGCCGCCCCGACGGCGACCUCCUCAUCGGCCUGCGCCGCGCCCCCAGGUACCCCGUCGUCUCCAGGGACGACGCGGCCAGGCAGCCCCCGCCGCGCAACGCGCGCGCGCGGGUGCCGCCAGGCGACGUCAUGGAGGCGGCGCGCCUCGCCGCGGAGGGCAGCCCCUUCACCGUCACCUACUUCCCGCGCCAGGGAGCAGCCGAGUUCGUCGUGCCGCGCAAGGAGGUGGAGGACGCGCUCGCAAGCCGCUGGGAGCCAGGGACGCAGGUCCGCAUGCAGGUCAUGGAGGCCGAGGACGCGCGCCGCACAGAGUGGGCAAACGGCACCGUCAAGGCGCUCCACCCAAACAUCUGGAGAGCGCUCGAGGUUGACUGGGAUGACUCCUCGCCAUUCUCAAAGACAAGGAGCAAAUAUGUAAAUGCUUGGCAAGUGCAGUUUGUUUCAUUCCCUCCUCUUCUAAAGAGACUGAAGAUUUCAGACACAAUAGCACCUCUGUGCUCUGGAGAUUGCUCCUCCUUGGCUCCUCCACUGAUCGGACCGGAAAGCAAGGCGAUGGCUAUACUUUUGGGGUCACCAAUUCCUGCUGGCAUGCAGGGAGCCAGGCAUAGCGGCCCUAGUGAUGUACCUUCUUCUUCAUCCACCUUGGGAAUGCUCACAACUCAGCUAUUCUUCCCCCUGCCCAGCGGGGACCUUCAGAUGCCACCGAGUGUAAUCAGCGGUGGCUCUUCUGAGAUUUUUGAUCCUGAAGUUGGUUCUCCUCCCAACAACUCAGUAAACAUGCCUCCACCUGAGCUUCCUGUCGAAGCGAAGAGCAUACAACUUUUUGGCGCCACAAUCACACAGCAUGUUGCACAAAUUGCUACCAAAGGUGCUUCUGAAGAAGUGAAUGGAGCUGUUAAUGGUGUGGUUGAUGGAAAUGUUGGAAAAGAUUUCUAAACCAUGCAGACGUACUUGAAGAUCAGAAGAUGGUUGGAUGAGACUGACUGCCUCUGCAUCUGCAUUUGUACCGGAGGAUCCAACCGAGUGUCUUUGCGGUGCAUGCAGCUCAUCAGUGAGUAGCUUUAUUAGUAAGCUGCUGGAUCAUUCAACCCUGGCGACCUAGAUAACUUUGUGCUGGUUGUUAGCUAGAGAAGAGAGAAGCAUGCGUGGCUUUAGUUGAACACCUUGUACUUGUUGCAGAGUGUGGUUCGUGAAUUGUAUUCUCUGUUCCAUUUAGAGUUUCUUUUCUUUUUUUCCUGUUUGGGCGUAGUUUGUGAGACUAAUGCCGAUUGAUUCUGGGAGACUGGUCUGGUCUGCUCUUGUGUGGUGUAAUGGAUCGCUUGUGUGGAACUAAUGUAUGAUUUUUGGUAUGGAUCGUUGGUCGUCCGUACCUUUGAUCGUAAAAUAUGACGUUGUUUGUCU